AUGCACUUCCUGCUCGGCCUUGCUGCGCUCUCUGCGUUUGCACAAACUGCGUUCGCAGGUUACCUGCCUGACAAGAUUUAUGGUGUCAACAUUGGGGGCUGGCUCGUGCUGGAGCCAUGGAUGCUGCCCGCCGAAUGGACAGCAAUGGGUGGUCAGAUCUGCAGCGACUGCUCUGAGUGUAUUAUGUCUGAAUGGUCGUACACCAAAACAUAUCCCGACAUUGCUAACGAAGAAUUCGCCAAGCAUUGGUCGACUUGGUUUACCCAGGCGGACGUGAACCAGCUGGUUGAGGAUGGUAUCAACACUGCACGCAUUCCCCUUGGUUUCUGGAUCGUCGAGCAGAUUGUGAACCGGGAAACUGAGUUUUAUCCAGAGGGUGGCAUUGUAUAUCUCCAACAAGGCUUGAAGAUGCUCAAUGACGCGGGUAUUCAGGCGAUCUUGGACCAUCACGCGCUGCCAGGUGUACAAACUGGCGACCAGUCGUUCACCGGAAACUGCACAGACAAUGUAGAAUUUUAUACUGACUACAACUACCAGCGUGCGCUGGUGUGGACUGCAGUGAUGACUUCGCUCACUCACCUAGACCCUAACUUCGAUUCUGUCUUCGCUAUUGAAGCUGUCAACGAGCCCAUAAUGGAUGCCAACGAGACACCUGGAUAUGGCACAUUCCAAAAGAACUUCGUCGACACCGUUCGCGCAGUCGAGCUCACACUAGGCAUCCCCGUCCCCGGUAUGACACUCGAUACGCAGAUCAGCACGAACAACUUCACGGAGGCACUCGGGCAAGUCGCAAACACGAGUACGAUCUUUAAUUCGAAUGUGAAAGAGGCGCUUGCUGAGGCGGCCCCGAUUCUCGUCGAGCUUGCGAUUCAGCUCGCGGUGCCUGCGAUCCUGGACACCAAUCUUGCCUCGGGCCUUCCUUCGCGCAGCACGCUCGUUACUACCUUCAUGGACAUCAACUGGCAGUACGAUAACCCGCCGAAUCCCGCUGACGCUGCCAUCGGGCCGCAGGGAUAUGACAACCAUCUUUACUAUAGCUAUGGAGGUGUUGCCGCUGCCAACCCCGAAGCGUACUUGGAGAGUAUUUGCAACUUAGACCGUGUUCAGGCAGACGCGGCGCUUGGGGACACUCCGCUGUGGUUCGGAGAGUGGGGCCUCCCGACACAAUUCAACGCGACGGACGAGUUCUUGUACGAGUGGGCCGACGCGCAGAAGCUGGCGUACAGCAAAGGCGCGGGGUGGAUCUUCUGGAACUUCCAAGUCGAGCAGUCCGAGAUGGCUGGAAACUUGUCGUACAUCGAAGGUGUCAAGCUGGGAUACCUCACGAAAGACCCCUCCCAAUACAAUAACGCGAGCGUAUGCGACCCGUACUACUCGUCAUAG